CUCUGACUUUAUUAUUUGUUGAUUUUUAGCGGCAGUCGGACGUGUUUUCAAUUUGGGUCCAGCUUACACGUGUGUAAUAAACGUGGUUAAUUGCUGACUUAAGUCCAGGUUAAACAUUUGCUUAAACGAAAUAAAAGAAUAGCCAAAAUGCUCGCCAACAACUCAGACCAAAUUAAGGCGCUUGCGUUGAAACUGUUUGAAAUCAAUGCUUUCAAAUUCGGGGAUUUUAAAAUGAAGGUGGGCAUUAAUUCGCCCGUAUACUUUGAUUUACGUGUGAUUGUCAGCUAUCCAGAUGUUAUGCAAACAGUCUCCGAUCUGUUGGUGGCGCACAUCAAGGAGCUGCAAUUAAGCUCAAAGCACGUCUGCGGAGUUCCGUACACGGCGCUGCCACUUGCCACAAUUGUGUCGCUGCAGCAGAACACGCCGAUGCUUGUCCGUCGCAAGGAGGCUAAAGCGUAUGGCACCAAGAAGCUCAUCGAGGGCAUCUAUCAUGCCGGCGACACCUGUCUGAUAGUUGAGGAUGUGGUCACUUCUGGCUCCAGUAUACUGGACACCGUGCGGGAUCUGCAGAGCGAGGGAAUUGUUGUCACCGAUGCAGUUGUUGUCGUGGAUCGUGAACAAGGCGGAGUCGCCAACAUAGCCAAGCACGGCGUGCGCAUGCAUUCUCUGUUUACGCUCUCAUUCCUGCUGAACACGUUGCUCGAGGCCGGACGUAUCGAGAAGACAACAGUGGAUGCGGUGGCCAAGUAUAUUGCGGCGGUACAGAUAAACAGCGAUGGAACAUUUAUAGGCGGCGAUAAGCGCGAUCCCACUGAAGCCAAUGACUUUGCUCGCACUAAACUGACCUAUGGGAGUCGUGCCAACUUGGCCAAAAGUUCGAUUGCGAAACGGCUUUUCAAUCUGAUGGACAGCAAGCAAACGAAUCUUUGUUUGGCUGCUGAUCUGACCAAAUCGGAUGACAUUUUGGACAUGGCCGACAAGUGUGGACCAUACAUUUGUGUGCUCAAGACACAUGUAGACAUCAUCGAAGAUUUCAGUGAGAGCUUCAUUAGCAAUCUUCAAGCGUUGGCCAAGCGUCAUAACUUUUUAAUUAUGGAGGAUCGCAAGUUCGUGGACAUUGGCAACACAGUAUCACUGCAGUACAGCAAAGGCAUCUACAAGAUAUCCUCUUGGGCUGAUCUGGUGACGGCUCACACGCUGCCUGGUCGCAGUAUUCUGCAGGGACUAAAGACAGCCCUUAGUGGUGAUGAUGCUGUCAAGGAGCGCGGUGUUUUCCUUUUGGCCGAAAUGUCGUCCAGUGGAAAUCUAAUCGACGAUAAAUACAAGGAAAAUAGCAAUAAAAUUGCCACUGAAGGAGGCGAUGUGGAUUUUGUAGCCGGCAUCGUUUGUCAGUCUGCUAAUUGUUUUGCCUUUCCCGGUCUGAUACAAUUAACUCCGGGCAUUAAGAUCGACGAGAGUGUAGAUAAGCUGGGUCAGCAGUAUCAAUCGCCAGAGUCGGCGGUCAAGGAGCGUGGUGCCGACAUUGGCGUUGUCGGACGUGGCAUAUUGCAGGCAAACAAUGUCCAGCAGGCUGCGAUCAACUAUCGUGAUCGCCUUUGGGCCGCCUACACCGAACGUAUUGCCAAAUAGGCGUGUCAUUUGUUAUCGAAGUACAACUUACCUUAACUUGUAUUGCUUCCCAAUUUUUAUAGACAUUUAAUUAGUCUAAAUGUAUGGUUUUGGUCUUUAGAUAAGCGCAAAAAGACAAGAGAAUUUUGUAUCGAUUUAAAACACAAAUAGUUACGAAUUUUCAAAAACAAUUUUAUAUAUUAAGUUAAAAAGUUUGCUACAAAUACAAAUAUUAAUAAAAUGUUUUGUUCAACUUCAUUAAAAAUGUUACAAUUGAUUUAGUAAGAAGCCAAACACUGCAAAACGUAGCUAUAAUCGCCGGACAAAUCAUCCUGUAAAUGAAACGAAAAAAAUAUAUGUUUUUUUAUAACUAUAA